AUGGGUGACUACGAGCCUCCUCAGGAGGAACGGGAUCUCUACGUUCUCGUGACUGGUGCCAACAGCGGGCUCGGCUUCUCGAUCUGUUGUCGGAUUGCAGACGAAUUCUUGUUUUCGCGCCCUGCCGACGAAUGCCUUACGAUUAUCUUCACAACUCGCAGUGCCCGCAAAGCUCAAGAUACCCGCCGCCAGCUCGAAAAACACUUACAAUCCUCCAACCCAUCCCCUUCCGACUCCGCGCGUGUGAAAUUCGUCUCCGAGAGCGUCGACCUGGGAGACCUCAUCUCCGUGCGCGCCCUCUCCCGCAGACUUCUACAAAAUGUCCCGAAACUCGAUGCGAUCAUCCUGAAUGCGGGAAUUGGUGGCUGGUCCGGCAUUGACUGGCCCAAGGCCAUUUGGGGCGUCAUCACCGAUCUCGUCCACGAAGUGACCUGGCCCUGCUUCAAGCUCGCACCCACUGGUGUGUUGACUGAGAAACAGACAAAGGGACAAGAGGAGCCACAACUGGGCUCUGUUUUCUGUGCCAAUGUUUUUGGCCACUACAUGCUUGCGCAUAAUGUAGUGCCGCUGCUGAAGCAAGCCUAUACUCCCAAUGGACCCGGUCGAGUUGUUUGGGUGUCGAGUAUCGAGGCGACUAUCAAGCUGUUUGACAUCAACGAUAUCCAAGGCCUCCGCUCUGCUACACCUUACGAAUCCUCCAAGGCUCUCACGGAUGUCCUGGCAUUGACCUCCAACCUUCCCAGUACGGCGCCGUGGGCCGUAGAUAGCUUCAUGCACUCAGACAACGAACCCAAGGCAAUUGACGACAACAAGCCUUCGAACAAGCCUUCCAUGCACGUCUCUCACCCUGGUAUCUGCGCGACCUCCAUCGUUCCUCUGGCGCUCCCACUUGCCUGGGCGAUGGUGGCUUCUUUUUGGAUCGCGCGCAUGCUCGGCUCUCCCUGGCACACUUUGUCCACCUAUCUCGGCGCCUGCUCUCCAGUUUUUCUUGCUCUGUCGCCACUGGCUGAACUCGAGGCGGCGGAAGAGCCUUAUCGUGCGGCUGGCGGCGGAAGAGUGAAAUGGGGUUCGUCGGCUUCCCGGCGCGGAGUGGGAAGCACGGCCUGUACUGAAGUUGAGGGCUGGGGAUUUGGCGGCGUUGUGGGAAAGGCUGUUGUUGACGCUGAUCGGAACCGACGUCGCAAGCGCGGUGCGACAGAUUUGACUCAGGAACAAAAGGAGAACUUCGAGGAGCUUGGUCGCCAGUCUUGGAAGCAGAUGGAGGAGCUCAGAAUUCAGUGGGAUGCAAUUCUUGACCAGGCUGAGCAGUCGGCGGCUGAUGAGAACUGA